ACUGGAUUGAACAGCCUUCAGUUUUGGUAACACUCUUCUAUGAGAAGAGCAGCUAGUAUCCUUACAGACAAGCAGCAAGAAUCAGCGUAGUCGUGAUGGGAAGAAUGAUGAAUGCAGGCAGCRGUGUGAGACAAGAAAACAAGCGAUGGUUGUUAAUCCAUGGUCCUCGUUUCUUAGCAGUCUUACUGGUGAUAUCCAUGAUCCACGUAGCAGCAAGUCAGAACAAGAUGAGUUCUCUUGAUCAAGRUUUGAUCAAGAUUCGAUCCCCAAGAAAUGCGAAGACAAUAGGCAAAACCAACACUCAAACCAGCAGGGUGUGUAGCUCCACUGAAUGCAUUGACGUAGCCAAUCAAAUCAAAAGUUCGAUGAACCUGACUGUGAACCCUUGCGAUGACUUUUAUGAGUACGCUUGUGGGAGAUGGCCRACAAACAAUCCUUUACCGGCAGGCUACUCGUAUUUWRAUCAAUWUCGAMUAAUUGGAUUGAAAACAGAGAAAUAUAAAAAAAGGAAAAUACAAAUGGGAAACAUAAGAGUACAAGGAGCAAGCAAUGAAGUWCRGCAAAUGCCACAUGAUAUGUACCAAUCCUGCAUGAACRUAGCGSCCAUCGACAAUCUUGGUGACGCACCUCUGAGAGAGCRUAUUACGGAACUGGGWGGYUGGGAGUUGAGUGGAAACUGGGACGAGAAUACGUGGGAUUUUAAUGAGACCCUUCUUUCUCUUCAUAAAGUAUAUAAUGAGGGCCCUGUGUUUAAAGUGGCAAUCGUAAAAGGCAGUAAAGACAAAAGAGUGUUGGCAUACAAACAGCUGUUCAUUGAURUCGUUCUUCUGUUGGGUGUUACUAAGAGCACCGCUGACCAGAAAGCAGACGAGAUCAUUAGCUUUGAAGCUCAACUCGCGAACAUAACUUUAAGUGAAACAGAAUGGCGAAAAUUUCAAUCGUACACUAGAWCUCUUGGACAACUUCAACAACUUGUGCCUGAGGUUAACUGGACUCUUCACUUAAAUAAACUGUUUGAGCCAUCUACGAUCACUGGCAAUGAACAAAUUGUGUUGCCUUCGAUACCGUACCUAAAAAGUGCAAUGAAAAUCAUAGAAAACACGCCAAAGAGGAUACUGGCAAACUAUAUGGUAUGGCGCGUGAUACAGAGUAUGAUUGGGUGGCUUUCUAAGCCUUUCAGGGACGCACUGACAAGGUACGAUCACGCAACAUGGGGUACUACAUCUGAAAGAGUGCGUUGGAAAAAGUGCAUUGAUUCAACUUUUCAAUCUUUUGAAGACGUAAUAACAGCUGCAUAUGUCAAUGAAAAUAAUGCGCAACUUGCAGAGAAAAUAAGCUUGGCAAGAGAAAUUGUGAAUGAAGAUGUUCAAGCUUUUAAAGACAAUGUUAACUCGCUGACCUGGUUAGAUGAUGCAACUAAAAAUGAAGUAUAUCAAAAGAUUGACAGCUUAAGAUUCGAGGUCGGCUUCCCCAGUUACAUGUUAAACAGCACAAAAAUGGCUUCAAUAUUCGAAAAAUACAGAAACCUGAAUAUCAAAGCUGCAACAUAUUUCAAAAACAAAGUAGCAAUCGGAAAGAACAAUCGACAGCUAAUACUACAAGACAUCAGAAAGCCAUACGAUGAUGCAUUAUGGGAUUUUAUGACUCCUCUUACGACAAAUGCAGGAUUCUAUUAUGUAACAAGUGUAAUAACUCUCCCAGCUGCCAUUCUUCAGCCACCAAUCUUAUUUUCUAACGAAUUCCUAAGAGCUUAUAACAUGGGAAAAAUGGGUUUCAUUGUUGCUCACGAAAUAAUGCAUGCUUUUGGCAUUAAUGGUAGACGCUAUGACAAGGAUAGAAAAGAGAGAAACUGGUGGUCAAAUCGUGCGCUUACAGAAUUUCAUAAAAGAGUAAAAUGCUUCGAAAACCAAUAUUCAGGAUACAAAAUAAUAGGAAAAGUGCCAAUCAACGGAAAGAACACAGCUGAGGAGAAUGUUGCAGACAACGGCGCUUUAAAAAUAGCUUUCAAGGUAUAUAAAACUUGGGCUAAGCAAUACCCCAGUGAAAAAUGGCUGUUACCUGGACUUGAUAACACCAAUGAACAGCUCUUUUACCUUGGACUUGCUCAGAACUUUUGUGGUAACUCUACUCUUGAAGUCCGAUUCAGCAAUAAUGACGAAAGAACUCAUACAGAUGACAAGUUCAGGGUUAUUGGUUCGCUGGCAAAUUCAUGCGAGUUUGCCAAUGCAUUCAAGUGCAAAAAGUACAGCCCAAUGAAUCCAAUCAAAAAGUGCUAUCUGUGGAGUAAAGAAGGACCAUUGGACUAGGAGCGUGUUAGUCCCGUCCCUUUCACAGUUCCCUGCACCAUCUGCGCCUCUGCGCCAAGGUAGCCGUGUCUUUGCAUGGAAGCGAGACGAACAGUGAGCUUGCAAUGAUAGAGACCUGUGAAUAAUUGUCCA